AUGUCUCUGAUGGCGGCGCUCCUGACGUUGGUUCACCCAGCACGCUGCAUCCUGAGCAUCCUCAUCCCAUCGCUAGGCACCCAACAGGGACGCAAGAUCCUGGUCUCCACGGUGAUGACCCUGACCAUCGCCACCUGUGUUCCCAACAUGGUGCGGAACGUCAACUGGACGGCGUUCCUGAUCAGAUGCUCGUCUCACAGCCUAAUGGAGGGCGUGUUGAACUCCAGCCGAAUGAUGGACCACGUUCUGAGUGACAUGAACGAGUGGGCGGCAGAAAUGCCCCUCAGCAGCGGAAAAAAACGCCUCGUCCUGAAACAGGAAAUCAACCUCCUCGACAUCUGGCGUGAGAUAUCCAACAUGACCCACAGCAUGAAGGCCGAGCUACAGUCCCUGCAUGACUCUCUGGACGGCGCCUCCUCUGUGCUGCAGAAGCUGACCGGCGCCGCCCUGGUGGCGAUGGUUCUCGGCAGCUCCUCCAUGUACCUCGUUGGCUACCUCACGGACCUGAAGUACGACAACGUGUACAUGUCCCGGCGCCUCACAACCUCGUUGGCGGGGAGUGGCGAUGCCACGCUGCCCGUAAAGUACCAACACAGGCUGGUGAAGACGUCCGGGGUGAAGAUGAUGCGCGCCGAGGUGCAGAGGUGUGUGUGGGGCGUGGCAGUUCUCGGAUUCUACGCCAUACUCUGUUUCUCGUUGAUUGGCCUGGAUCACUUCAUCUACAGAGCCCUGGAGAUGCUCCUCACCUGGACCAAUGACAUGCCAGGAAUCACAUACCACAUCACUGUAUACUUGGAGAUUGGUGGCAAAGCGAUUGGCUUCAUCCCUUUCACCAUGAAAGAAUUUAAUAGGGGGUACAGCCACGGACUGCCCCUGCUUCCUGCCCACUGCGUGACGCCUCUCUCUCCCCCUGCUUCCGCCAUCAUCUCCUCCGUCUGCAUCCUCCUCUUCGUGGCCCUCGUCCUCGUCUUGGGCCAGGUGUUCGCUCAGCGGCUGCGCAGAAAGAUCUGCGCCUCUUUCUAUGGCCGCCGUGAGGACGAGCGAACGCGCUUUCUCCUGCAGAAGAUUCUAGAUGAGAGGGAGAGAGAACAGGAGAAGGAUGACUUUGGUGAAGAUUGA